GGCACUUUUUUGGUAGCCUUUAGCGUAUUUGUGUACUUAUCAAACAAGCAUGUGGCUUUACUUGUGUUCUGCUCUGGUUGCUGCUCUCCCCCUCGUAGCUUUAACUUUUAAACGAUUCUUCCCGUACGUUUGGGCGGAUAUCUUAUAUAUCGCAGAUCUUGUGAGGAUUCUGCUCAAGUUCGUGUGGAGACGAAGGAGGGGCAGACCUGUCUUCUUCGCAUUGGACCGCUUUUUGGAGCAGACCGCGGCCCGCCCGGAGAAACCUUUCGUUGUAUUCGAAAAUGACGUGUACACGUUCGCGUCGACUGACCGGAGGAGCAACCGGAUUGCCAACGCGCUCCUCGCCCACCCGCGGUACUCGGCGGGGGACGCCGUGGCCCUGUUUAUGCCCAACGAACCCGCCUUCAUGUUUACCUGGUUGGCCAUGGCCAAACUGGGAUCUCCGGUGGCUCUGCUCAACUACAACAUUCGCAGCAAGUCUCUGCUGCACUGCUUUAACUGCAGCAAGGCCAAGGUUAUCAUCGCAGCAGCAGAGCUGAAGCAAGCGGUGGAAGAAGUCCUGCCGUCUCUUCAAGAACAGGGUGUUAUCGUGCUCUUAAUGGUCCAAAGCUGUGACACACCCGGCAUUGAGAGCUUCUCCGAUAAAGUUGAUCAAGCAUCCGACGCUGCACUUCCGCUCUCGCUUAGAGAACACAUCACAUACAAAAGCCCUGCAGUUUAUAUUUACACAUCUGGAACCACAGGUCUGCCCAAAGCAGCUGUGGUCAACCAAAACCGCCUCCUUAUAGCUUUAGCGGUUUUAUCUGCAAAUGGUGUGUCGUCAAGUGACGUCAUUUAUCUCAAUUUGCCUCUUUACCACACUGCAGGAUUCAUUAUAGGCUUUAUCGGCUCUAUUGAGACAGGGUCCACAAUCAUUCUGAAGAGGAAGUUUUCAGCCUCUCAGUUCUGGGAUGACUGCAGGAAAUACAACGUUACAGUUGUGCAGUACAUAGGAGAAGUCAUGCGCUAUCUGUGCAGCACACCCCAGAAAGAAAAUGACAAGGACCACAAGGUACGACUAGCCAUUGGAAAUGGAAUCCGGGCGGAUAUAUGGCGGGAGUUUCUGAAGCGCUUUGGGAACAUUCAGAUCAAAGAGUUUUAUGCCUCGACUGAGGGAAAUGUAGGAUUUGUCAACUACGCGGGCAAAAUUGGGGCCCUUGGAAGGGUCAACUUUUUACACAGGAAACUGUUUCCCUACAGUCUUGUCAAGUAUGAUACAGAGCGUGAUGAGGUGAUUCGAGACAGCAACGGUCUCUGCAUAGAGGCACUCAAAGGAGAGACAGGGCUGCUGGUGUCAAAAAUUACCGACAUAGCUCCUUUUGUUGGCUACGCUCAAAAUGAAGAGCAAACGGAGCGCAAAAGACUCCGUAACGUUUUGAAAAAGGGAGAUUUGUACUUCAACAGCGGAGACCUUAUGCGGAUUGACAAGGACAACUUCAUUUACUUUCAGGAUCGUGUAGGGGACACAUUCAGAUGGAAAGGAGAAAAUGUGGCUACAACGGAAGUUUCUGACAUUCUGACAUUGACUGAUUGUCUCAAAGAAGCCAAUGUUUACGGGGUCCAAGUGCCAGGGCACGAGGGACGCAUAGGAAUGGCCGCUGUCACGGUAAAGGAAGGCGCCCUGUUCGAUGGAAGUAAAAUAUACAAUCAUGUGGUUAGCUACCUGCCUGCAUAUGCGAGACCGCGCUUUAUAAGGAUUAAAGAUGUGGUGGAGUUGACAGGCACGUUCAAGCAAAUGAAACUCAAAUUAGUGGAGGAGAAUUUUGAUCCGGGACGAAUCCAGGACCCGCUGUACAUCCUGGAUGACAAGCAAAAGAGUUAUGUACCUCUCACAGUUCAGAUCCACAGUGCCAUUGUAUCAGGAAGCAUGAAGCUCUAAAUCAAUUUUUACUUGCUGUGCAGUAUGACCGUGGAGGUUCUUGCAGUUUAUUAAACAUCCAGCUCAGGAGUCCCUACCUGCGUCUUAACAAUCAAGUAUGUGAAACAAUAUAGAGUACCGCUUAUUACAAGCUGGGCGUGGGAAUAGGAAUUGACUCACUCUUGAAAGUGAAAUUAUUCAAAUAAAAUUUGUAUAUAGUAUACAGUGUAUAGUAUACCAGCAAGUUCUCAUGAAAAGUCAAACGUUUACAGAAAAAGUGAAGCCUGAUGGUUUUAGCAGAUUAAGUUUGGAUGAAUUCUAUGGACCAUGGUGGUGACCAACACAACAUGGAUCAAAUAAAUUGGAACAAGAUAGAUUGUAAAAUGGCUGUGCAUAUGUUACUGUAUUUAGUGGUGCCUUGAGGUACUUCAAGAGUGACCCGGUUUACUGGUUGUAAGCCGUCGUCCACCCUUGUGAAUGCAAAUUUAACACAAGCGCUGAUUGAUGGCAGUGACUUAACUCACUUGCAGCAAGCAGCAGUUUGGGAGAAAGAAUGAGUAAAUAUUCUUACAACAAAAGUUGCUUCUUGGUGCAUACGGUGAUCCCUCGCUACUUCGCGCUUCAAACUUCGCGCCCUCAGUCCAUCGCAGAAUUUUUUCCCCAAUUAAUAAAUAAAUGCAUUAAUUUAUAAAUCUAUCCCCAUCCAAUUACAAAGUCUCUCACUCUCGCACCCACUGCUUUUCUUGGUCAGGCAGUGCACUGGGGUUGCUUAUCAAACUUAACGAUGAUUGACAGACGUUAAGGUUUGAUCUAGCCAGAAAUGCUUGGAAGCAGACACUUCAAAGCGCUGCAUGCGUCAGUCAUCAAUUAACUUGUUAAACAGUUGCUGUGGCAACUCUUUGUGUGUAAGUGAGCAGCUUGAGCGGAUUUGAAUGGACCCACUCAAUAAAGACAAGCAUUUUUCUACUUUAUUCUUUUUUAAAGAUAAUUUGCUAGGACAGUAACAUGUUUAAAACGUAUCAUAAUCAUUACAUUUGAAGUGCUUAGAAUUUUUUUAUUCAAACGUAUAUAUACAUGCUUUUUUAACAUUUAUACUUAGGGGGGAAAAGGUGAAAAAAAAAACAUGUCUUAUUGUAUAUCUUUCCACUGAUAAAUCUGAAUAAAUACACUGAACACACAAAGAAAAUAACUUUUUUUUUUUUUGGGCUACUUGCCUUGGUGGUUUUUCACUUAACGCUGCGGGUUUUGCUCCCAUUAACCGAGAAAAACGAGGGAUCACUGUAUUACCACUACUAGUAUAUUUGAAAUGUACUAUCAAAUUGAUCGUUAAACAUUUGCCACGUUUACAUGGAGCCAAAUAUUCCAAUUACAAUCGGUUUAGAUGUUCAAACCGAAUAAGUGUGUUCCAUAUAAACACCUCAUUCGGAAUGAACAGGCCCAAACCGAAUGGAAUUUCAUUCCGAUUCACAGGGGUGGAAUAUUCCUUUUCCCAAACCGAUUAGAAGUAAAAUUAUAUCAUGUAAACAGGGAAGCGGAAUGGUGUCUGGUUGCGUUCUUUCUGCACAUGCUCCGUACUGACGUGGUGACGUCACUUGGUGACGUAAGUAACGUCACUUGCAACAUGGCUUCCAAGCACAGCGCACCUAAUUGGAGUCCGGCGGAAAGAUUGUAUUUAAUUCAAACUUUAAAAGAAUUGAAUAUAAUUACUCGCUUAGACGGGCGUAAAACGAGGAACAGUGAACUAUUUAAAAAACUUCACGAGAGGUUACACGAAGCCGGAAUAGACCGGAGCAUUGACCAGAUUAGAAAUGGUGGAAAACGCUGACAACCGGCUACUACAAGGCAAAAGAGCAAAACAGCAGAAGCGGAUACGACCCCACAAACACAACAAGUGGGUUAAAGUUAAAACAGCAGCACUCUGACGAUCGAUCUCCAUGUUUUGCAACGUGACGCUUUGUUUUGAUUAAUCUGCGCAUGUCAGACGGCAGUUGUCAAACGUCCUUUCGGAAUAAAGGCAGACACAUGUAAACGCUGGAUCGGAAUAGAUGAAGUGACAUGUAAACAGCUGAUCUGAAAUUUCCAUUCGGAAUGAUUUGAAUCGGUAUGAAUAAAAGUCAGCAUGUAAACGUGGCUAUUGACAAUUAUGCAUUGUUACAAUAUUUGAAAUAACUACAGUGCCUUGCAAAAGUGUUCGGCCCCCUUGAAUCUUGCAACCUUUCGCCACAU